AUGGCAGUUGCAACAGCUCCAGGUUGCGCAUCCUCCAACCCUGGAAUGAAUGUCAGUUUUGGUGUUUCUGGAAAUAAUAUACCAAGAAGUUCUAGCCCGAAUAAUAAUGGUGGAAAUAACGCAUCUUGCACAAUACAAAGUUUGCUACAAACUGCAAAAAAACUGGCUGAGAGAUUAAACGAACAUGAGACAAAUGUUGAAAGCAUUAUCACUCAGACACAGGAACUCAACAAGCAUAUGGUUUCUAUGAAGACAUACAAGGACGAAGUGGAUGGUAUAAAUGAGAACAACAGACCUCGUCCCCAGCUGAACAACAGCCGACGCCAGCUGAUCAAAGGCAUCCAGUAUGAGAACAGACAGAUCAAGACUCUGCAGCGGGAGAACGAGGAGUUGAAGCAGGCGCUGGAGGAGCACCAGAACGCCAUGGAGCUGAUCAUGAGCAAGUACAGGGAACACGUGUCCACUCUCUCCCAGUACGCCAAACUAGACCUCACCACCUUCAAUGCGGCAGUCAACCAACGGGAGAUUGAGCAGAAGAAUGCCAAAAUAAUGGAGAUGGUGUCAGUGAUGCAACAAGUGGUGAGGUUGGACGAGAGCUCUGCUUAUGCUGCCGAGAAGAAAAUAGCGGAGUUGGAGUACCAGAACAAAACACUCAGAGAACUGCUCAAGGUCAGCCAAGACUUCAAGUCGCGCAUACUGCUCGCAUCAGCCGCAGAACCCCAUACCGCCGCAUCACCCGUCAAUUCUGGCGGAGGCCCCGAUACAGCUGGAAUUGUACAGGGAGAUGACCCGAACUCCAAUAACUCGAGUCGAUCCACAGACGAAAACAACUCGGAAGGGGAAGAUGCCGAUGUCAGUUCUCCGAAUGCCGAUUUGAUGUUUGAAUAUCCCAGCAGGACAGUUAAGAAGAGACCAUCUCUAGGUUAG